CAGUUUCGCAGAGCUGGCUACUUUUCAGCGAAAUUCGUCAUGCCAUUUCAAGGCAUAUUUUGCAAAAGCAAGGGGUCUUCGAGUGAGGGGAGAUAUAAGCUCCAUGUCGAGAAAUCUGUGAUUCAGCCGGAGGUCACCUGGAGUGGCUUCAUCAAUCGCAAUAUCAAGUCAACAGUCGACUUCACACAUGUCCAACAAUGCAUCACGAGCAACACCCAGAGUGGAGGCCGUCUGAUCUGCAUAGAGCUGACGGGCAGAGAACAAUAUAAGCCAUCGUUUAGUGGGCCGCGCAGAAUGCCAGGUAUUUUUUUUAUAGUAAAAAUAGAAUAAUGUUUAAAAUACUUUAACAUUUAGAUAAUAUAGUAGUAGUAGCCAGGGCCGGGUCAAGGUACCGACAAUUCGGGCAGUCGCCCGGGGCGCCAUGUGCGUAGGGCGCCUUCAACGAGCUUCCAAAAUAGGAAAAAAAUCAUCGCAUGUGGGCGCCAUGGAAGAAAAAAAAGAAAGUACAAUAAAAAGAUGUGCCGAUCUAAAGGAGGGGAAACAAAUGUAAUCGGUAGGCUGAUUGCUCAUAUUGUCCAAAUACAAGUUAACAAAAUAAUUUUAACUAACUAGAUUAAAGCCCGCCAAACAUUGGCGACGGCAAUUCGUGAACUUCCCAUCUAGUAAAGUUACUUGACAAAACAUGAACUCGAGUAUCGCACAUUUAAGAAUCCCAAUAUUUGCUACACCCCUUCCCCCAAUGAUACGUCACUGCACACUUUUUAUUUCACGCCCAUCAACUAUAUUAAUAUUCUCAUGUCCCAACCACUUUUAAACUGAAUAUUUUUUACACAAUACUUAAUUGAGACAAUUUCAUUUUGCGAAACGAAAAUAUUACGCACCAAACACAAUUGCGUUAUUAAAAAUCUAUAUAUAUAUCAUUUAGCGUGGUUAUCGGGAAUUAUAUUUUGCGCGCUAGUGAACUCAUUAAUUGAACCACACUCUGGUGUAUCUAUAUAUAACCUGCGUGGUGGUGGUGUUUGACCCUUGCUGGCGAAUUAUAUAAUAAUAAUAAUAAUAAUAAUAAUAGGUCUUCUAUAGUGCGGUACCCCAGCCUAGGGCUGAGCUCACCGCACAAAAAUUUUAUCUAAAGAGACAUAAUCAUGACAUUAAAAUAAAAUACAUUUAUGAAAUAAAGAACAGCAAUGCAUAUUCACCCACCCCAUAACUUUUACAAGGCAAACCAUGGACGGCAGCCAGCAAGAUCGUUUAUCGGUCAGAGAAGGGGAAUCAGUCAGGGUAGUAUAAUUUAAAAAGAUAUGAAUAGAGGUUCUUUGCUAAAAAAAAAAACAACCUAAGUAAUAAAACUCAUUACCUAAUCCACAGUUUUUACCUUGCACAAAUUUGUAUGAUUAUACUUCAAAGGGGCGCCAAAGUUAAGCUUGCCCGGGGCGCCAACAACCGUAGGGCCGGCCAUGGCCAUGGUAUUAGCUUACACACUAGAUUAUUGCACUUUAAUUAUGUAAUGUGUUAAUUUGUUGUUGUUUUUUAAAAAUAAUUUCUUAUUUUAGUACUAAAUGUUUCAUAAAUUUCUUUUUUUCCUUAGCAUUUGGAGUGGACAUAUUCUUUGAAAUUCCUUUGGAUGGCAAUCGUGAUACAUUCAUUUACCAUACGGUACCAGUACCUGUGAAUAUUCACUACUCUAGCGGAUGCAGGCCGGUCCCUAAACUGAAAUGUGACUGGAAUGGAAUAUUGAAUCAGCACUUGGGUCAAGGGUACAAACUUGUUGAGAUAUUUGCA